AUGAAUGCUGAAAACGUGGUACAUACUGGAGGUUGCCAUUGUAAGAGUGUAAGGUGGAAAGUGGUUGCUCCUUCCAGUGUGGUGGCAUGGGAUUGCAACUGCUCAACCUGCAACAUGAGAGCCAACACUCACUUCAUUGUGCCUGCUGACAAUUUUGAGCUUUUGGGAGAUUCUGGGAAGUUUCUCACAACUUACACUUUUGGCACUCAGACUGCCAAGCACACAUUCUGUAAAAUCUGUGGCAUAACCUCAUUCUAUUAUCCACGCUCAAAUCUAGAUGGUGUUGCAGUUACAUUUAGAUGUGUUGACCCUGGAACAUUGAACCAUGUUGAAAUCAAACAUUUUGAUGGGAAGAAUUGGGACACCGCAUAUAAUCAGACAGGCAUCUCAUCAUACUCAAAGGUUCAGAAGUAA